AUGGAAUUUGAAAGGCAAGGAAAAACGUAUGCUUCGAAUGCAUUCGUCAAAUCAUCCCUUCUCAAUCCGUAUUGUACAAUUGUGAUAAUAGUACAGUUUAUUUCAUGUCUAACCGUUUACGUCACGUAUCAUAUAUAUAUAUACAUAAACCUACGUAUGCGUGCAUACAUUAUACACGUGCAGUCAGGAGUACAAACCUUGUGGACCUUUGUCAAGAUCGUUACAAGCCAUGCUACCAUUUUUACUUGGAAUCCGACCAUGCCGAUAAAAAAAAAUGCAGGAUCGAUUUACUACCUGGAGAGCAUCGAGGUGUCGGAAUGCUCGAGUUAUCCUUGCCGCAUAAGGAUUGGAUCGACGGUCAACGUGACGACCAAUUUUUUGGUCCAAGGCACAGCUUACGAUUCUGAGCAACUCGUUCAGGACGUGUAUUUCGUGAUAAGUUCGAUCCAACUGAAGGCUCAGGUGAAUCCAGACCCUUGCCCAGCGAGCAACGGAUCGAAUGCUUGUCGGCUGCAAAGUGGACAACGAGUCAAAUUCCAAGCUGCCGUGCGAGUCGACAACGUGCCGCCGUUACCUGGGACGCUUUGGUGGACGAUGAGAAAUUCGGCCAAUCAGCUGCUCGUGUGUUACAAAUUGACGGUGAUCUUCAUGCUCGUUUGAUCUCAAGUUUGAAUCAAAUCGACUUCUCGAUUUUUCUGUUCUA